AAUUGUAAACACUACUAUACUCAACAUAUUUCUACAUACCGUUACCCCGGUAUAGCUGUUGUUGUUGAAAUCGUUUUAGCUCUAUCAAGUGACACGAGUACUUGUAUAAUAAUUGUUACUAUUCUAAAUGAUUAAUAUGUUUCGGGUAAUUUUGGCUUUGUUGAGUCUUACGACGGCGGUCACGUUAGCGUUUCCGAAUAAAACCACUUUACAGGUGCACUGUGCUUUUUCGGAUCAUUUAUUACAUUUCUUUAAACUGAGCGAACGCUUGUUUCAAAUCGAAAUGGGAUCAAACCGGGAUGGCAAGGACGUGGACAAAUUGAAAAUGGAAAAUAUCGAAGCAUAUGGGGAAAUGCUGCAAACGCGUGGCGACAUUGUUAUGGCCAUGCUCGACGAUCUGCGGAGAGAAUCAUACGGAAAAUUUGCCACCGACUUGAUAACGGUAAACUUGUUCUUGAACAACAUUGUAGGAAACGUGAACUUGUACAAAAUAGACGACAAUGGCGAACAGCUGCAGUACAACAUGGUCGCCUUGAAGAAGGGUUAUACGAAAAUCCAUGAGUUGUUGAUUGGCGAGCUUAAAAGGACCAGGAGAACCUUAAACUGUAGAUUCGUGUCGAUUAAAAUUGAAAAAAUCCAAUCGCUAUCCCCCGACAACUUUAAGGUCAACAAGCAGGUCGACGACCCAAACGAGAUCCGGUCGAAGAUGCAAGAAAUGUUGGACGAGGCCAACCGAGUGCUGUCUCUGCCCAUUCAAAUUAACACGCACGUUGAUUUCCUUCCGGAAAACAUGUUGAUGUGUGAUUUGAUAGACGGCGGCCAAUGGUCGUCCGAUGAAGACGUGGUGCUUCCAGGGUCGAGGCUGCAAAGAUUAGCGUUCCAGAAACCGCGUACAGGAGACUCGGCCACCGCAGCAGCUGCUACUGACGACGGGUUGCAAGCGAUUCGUCAAGUGCUAUUCAAAGCCAACCAAAACAUGCCAGCCGACCACGGUGUCGUGGACUUGUUUCACGCUGUAAAGUUAAACUUCAACGCGUCCAUUAUUAAAUCUUACCAACAACAAGUGCUCGCGGCCACCGUCUAUCCCGUUUUCAAAUGCAUAAAAUCCUAUCUGGACGCGUUCAAACAAGUAUACUACACCGAUAAGUUUGCCGACUUUGGACAGAUUAUGAAACAAUACGGUCAAGAGCUGAGGAGCGUCAUCGCCAAAUUCGAAAAUUUGAAUAUUUUCCCGUACGCGGUGAUCGAGUACAUUGGCACUGUUCGAUUCAAUCUGGCAGCUAUUGUUUUUUACUCCAAACUCCUUGAACAGAAAAACGGGUCAAAUCCUGUUGAUAUGAUAACAAAAUCGGCGUUGAAACUAAACCACCCGGAUUGGAUUCCCAGACUAGUGUCGAUGUGUUCGGCUCCUAUGAUAUUGAAUAAUAUACAAUUCGACACAAAUAAUAAAUUUGUGGAAUCUAUAACCGACGCAGAUUGUACAAAUAUCAUGAAAAGCGUCAAAACCGAAAUCGGGAGCAUCUUUGAUUAUGUUUCGAGUAUAAAAAAAAACAUAAGUAUGUUUCAAAUUGUCAUUACAACCGUACUGCAUGACGAAAUGUUCACUAAAAAACCAUUGGACGUUUUUAAACCGAGCAAUAUCCAAGGAACUUUCAAAAUGGGUAACGACGAUGAACAUCAUGUAACAGCAUCAUGCACUUCAUUUUCUUUUGAUGAUAAAAACAAUUCUGCCCAUGAAACGAUUGAAAAUUAAGAGUGAAACCAAAAAAAAAGUUGUUUUUUUAAUACAUUAAAUAAAUGCUUCUAUAGAGUUUCAUAUUACUUCUCACGCAAAGUUAUUAAU